AUGGAUACCAGCUUGUUCAAAUGGUUCUGCUUGGAUAUUGACCGGCAUUAUUCCUUUUCUGCUUCUUCAGGAAUAAUACAAGUUCUAUCCGAUCUUCUCAGCUUUGAUCGAAUGAAGCUGAUUCUGAUUCCCAGAAAGUUAAGCCAGAGCCAGAGCUAUAAAUCCAUAAGGGCAGUAGAAACUGCAGUCACAAUACUUUGCAAGGGAGGUGAUGAUGGCAGCAGCAAUGGAUGCCUGUCGACACUCAAGUUCUCAACUCAAGUCCUCUCCCUUGUCCUUUCAUGGGGGCAGCUAUGUGCACAAAAAAGGGGUUUUCAUGUUUUAUCUCCCAAUAUAUCAUCAGCAACAAGUACGGUAGUGGAGUUAAUUGAUGCUUGGGACGAUGAAUAUGAUGGGGUUGUUAUUAAUCCAGAGAGCUUACCUCUGAGCGCAAAUGCCUUUGCAUGCGCUCUUCGAGCCUCUUUGUCCAACUGGAAGUUGAAGGGGAAAAGGGGGGUAUGGCUCAAAAUACUACAAGGGCAAGCUGAUCUUGUUCCAAUUGCAAUUCAGGAGGGAUUCGAUUACCACCAUGCUGAAUCAGGAUAUGUUAUGUUAGUAUAUUGGAUUCCAAAUGAACCCUGCACGCUUCCUGCUAGCCCUUCACAUCAAAUAGGCGUUGCAGGAUUUGUGAUUAAUGACAAAAAACAGGUUCUUGUGGUGAAAGAAAAAUGUCCCUGCAGUUGCUCGGGCGUCUGGAAGUUGCCUACUGGUUAUAUCAACAAGUCUGAAGACAUAUUCGAUGGAGUUAUGAGGGAAGUGAAAGAAGAAACUGGGGUUGACACAAUUUUCCUGGAAAUGGUUGCUUUCAGACAUGCCCACCUUUUGGCUUUUGAGAAGUCGGAUUUGCUCUUCGUUUGCAUGCUUAAGCCACUGUCCCAUGUAAUCACAAUCGAUGAGAAGGAAAUACAAGCUGCCAAGUGGAUGCCAAUCGACGAAGUAAUAGGACAGCCAUUUUACGAAGAGGACCACAUGACAAAGAAAGUGAUAGACAUAGGCAUUGCAGCAUAUGAAGAUGGGUACAGAGGUUUCACAGCACAUCAACUGGCCUCCAAAUUGGACGGCAAAUUGUCUUACCUUUACUACCUUAACAAUAACGAUGCUUCCAAACACUAUUAAUAUUAUAAUUAUAUAUAUAUAUAUAUAUAUUAAUACAAUGUUCAAACACAGCCUUUUUAUCGGCAGUGGUUUUAGAAAGACAACGAUUCCUUGAACCGUGUUGAUCAAAGGGGUUCUAGAUGUUUUCACGUAA